AUGCAGUCAGCACAAAAUAUGACAAAAAGUCGAUCUGAUCGCUCACCUAAAAUUCGGAUUUUGGGUGUUUGUUCAACGAUAAUGUCAGACUUCUCCGGCAGUUUAGUCUUGAGUCACUGUCCUCUUGCUGUGUUGUUGUCAUAUUUGACAGAUUCGACAACAUUUCGAUCAUUUCUUGACAUGGUUUGUCUUCUUGUAUGGGGUCACGGUUGA